GAGCUAUUGCUAAAGAAGCUGGAAGCGUUAAAAGGAGAACCGGACAAAGAACAAGAUUUCAAUUCAGAAAAUCAGAAUCAAUUGAAAAUGGAGGAGAUGAAACCAAGUGCCGCCAACUUGCCGCCGUUGACGCCGUUGGGGUUCCUGGAGAGAGCAGCCACCGUGUAUGGCGACUGUACCUCCAUCGUUUACGGCGAUUCCACCGUGUACACAUGGCGGGAGACGAAUCUUCGUUGCCUCCGCGUUGCGUCGGCUCUGUCUUCCAUUGGAAUCGGAAGAUCCGACGUGGUCUCCGUCCUCUCUGCUAAUACUCCGGCGAUGUACGAGCUCCAGUUCGCCGUUCCGAUGAGUGGCGCAAUCCUUAACAACAUCAACACGCGCCUCGACGCUCGCACCGUCUCUGUUCUACUACGCCAUUGCGGAUCUAAGCUUCUAUUCGUCGACGUCUUUUCUUCCGGUCUCGCCGUCGAAGCGACUGCGCUGUUGGAUUAUCCGCCGAUUAUCGUCCUCAUCGCAGACGAGGAGGAGGAAGAUGGCGCUGACGUGGCGGACCGUUUGAAAAUCAGUUACUUGUACGGUGAUUUCGUUGAGAGAGGAGAUCCGGGUUUUAAAUGGAUCCGACCCGAGAGCGAAUGGGAUCCGAUUGUGGUCAACUACACCUCCGGUACGACGGCGUUUCCUAAAGGAGUGGUUCACUGCCACAGAGGUAUCUUCAUCAUGGCGAUUAAUUCUCUAAUCGAUUGGACCGUACCGAAAAAUCCGGUUUACUUGUGGACCCUACCUAUAUUCCACGCUAAUGGUUGGUGCUAUCCAUGGGCAAUCGCCGCCGUCGGAGGGACCAACGUCUGUCUACGUAAGUUCCACGCGCCGCUCAUCUACCGUCUCAUCCGUGAUCACGGCGUGACUCACAUGUGCGGCGCGCCGGUACUGCUUAAAAUGUUAACGGCGACUCAGGAAUCUCAGCCACUUAAAAGCCCCGUGGAAGCGGUGCUGUACACGAAUCCGGCGGUGAAUGAAGCGGCGGUGGUGGCUAGACCUGAUGAGUACUGGGGAGAGACGCCGUGUGCGUUCGUGAGUCUAAAACCCGGGUUGACCCGGAAACCCACGGAGAAGGAGAUAAUCGAGUACUGCAGGAAGAAGAUGCCGCAUUACAUGGUGCCUAAAACUGUGUCGUUUCUUCAGGAGCUGCCCAAGACUUCCACAGGGAAGAUUCCCAAGGUCGUGCUUAAGGAGAUUGCCAAAAGAAUGGGUUCCACGAGGUUGAGUCGGAUAAUCAUCAUCAAUUGA